UGAGACGCCCGUGAGACGCCCGCACGUUUACGCUCACUACUCGUCGCUCCAGUUUUGCCGACUGGUGGGCUCGGCGGGCGCGCGCGCGCGUACUCCGUGUUUUUCUUUCUUGUGGUUUUUUCCCUCUUAAUUUUGCCUUUGACUUUGGGAGCGGUGUCCCGCGCUCGUUCUUGUCUUAUCUCGUGUGGACCUGUGUUCGUCGUUCUGCGUGAAUAUGGAUACGAAUCAGGCGCCUCUUUCCCCGCCAGCCUCGCCCCAGCUGAAACAUAUGGAACCGCUGCAAUUAUCGUUCAGCGUUGCGGCUCUGCUGGGGGAGAAGCUUUCGGAUCAGUCGGCGAGAUCCAAGAGGAAAGACGAAGAGGACGCGGGUUCUCACCCGGUUCUACCGCCCACUCCACAGCCCUCCGACUCGGAAGAGGAUGAGCCACCCCGAAAGCGGCGAUGCGUCGAGCAAUGCGAAUUGGCGAAGCUGCUACUAGACGGCACGCCGCCGCCGAGCCCGGAAUUAGCCAGGGUUUCGGUAAUAAUGCGCGCCAAUCGAGACGGCACCUGCAGUCCGGCUAAUCUCGCUGGGUGCCCCACGAUCAGCGGCCAACCGGUGCCACGUGAUUUGCCCGCGCGACAGCCGCCCAGUCCGCGGGCGAACGUGCGAGCGAACGUAACGGGACCGGUGGAGAACGUGCUACGCAGCCUGAAGUUCAAGAUGAGCUUGCGCAAGGAACAGAUCAUUGUGAACAGCAAGAAUACUGAUCGUGAAAGCUGCCAGCAGCAACAGCAACAGCAACAGCAACAACAGCAACAGCAACAACAGCAACAUCAACAACAGCAACAAUAUCGACAACAGCAACAACUUCAGCAGCAACAGCAACAACCUCAGCAACAGCAGUAUAAACAGCAACAACAGUUACCCAGAUUGCAACCCCUGGCGCCCAAACCCACAUCCAUUGUGGUAGCAGGCUUACUGGGCUCGCCUCUGGUCUUACCGCGAACUCCCCUUCUGUUAGUCGCCAGCGCGGCGCCGACGACCAUGACCACCGCAACAACCACAACGGCGAAUGCAGGCGCAGCGGAGACACGGCGCCGCGUUUACGAGUGCGAGCACCCGGGCUGUGGCAAGAACUACUUCAAGUCGUCGCACCUGAAGGCUCACACGCGUACCCACACCGGCGAGCGGCCGUUCCCGUGCCCGUACGAGGAUUGCAGCCGCCGCUUCUCGCGCAGCGACGAGCUGUCGCGGCACAAGCGCACGCAUACCGGCGAGAAGAAGUUUGCCUGCGCCGUCUGCCAGAGGAGAUUCAUGAGGAGCGAUCACUUGGCGAAGCACGUGAAACGCCACGCCAGAGACAAGUCCUCCGCGCCAUCGUCCUCUUCUAAUCAGGUUGCCGCCUCCCAGAUGGCCCCGACGCCCCUGAGGGUGAGUCUACUGCCGGUGCUGACGUCGCGAUUAGCGCGAUCUGUUCCACAGUUGGUGCCGCCUCAGCUGGCGGCUUGAAAGACGCACUCGUGAUUAGCAAAGUCGCUUAAGAGUUGUAUUUCGCGUUUCCCUUAAUUAGAGUCAGAUUGGAUUGGAUUGCUCUGAGCACACACACACACACACACACACAUG